AUGAUCAAGUUCUGCGCAGCAAUAGUGCUGAUUGCAUUCGUCUCCGUCGGCAGUGCAAUCGAAGUGAUUACAGCCCCCAAGAGUGUGAUUGCCACCGAGGGCCAGCGCCAGUUGAACCUGCUGUGUGAAACGCCCGGAAGUCAACCGAUCGAUUUUUGCAUCGUGAAAGUUCCUGGAGCGCCAGCCCCCUUUGCAAGCAGCGAACGACUGCCAGCACCGGUGGCGGGAAUCCGAUUCUUCGGAAGAGGCUGGAGCAAGGGAUCCUGUGGAAUUUCAUUGGACACGGUGAAAGCCGAACAUGAGGGCACUUUUGAGUGUACACUUUCGAUCGCGGGGAAGAGCUACACUGGCACGAUCGGCAUCGUCGUUCAGGGUGAAGCCGUUGCCCCAGAGCCUCCGGUGAUUGAAGUUUCCAGCAACGUGGACGACAGCGACGGUGAGUUUGACUAUGGAAAACCAUUGACGGCGCGGUGCAUUGCUCGAGACGGCCGACCAGGUGCUAAGUUGUCGUGGUACAUGGAUGGAAAACCGAUUUCCAACGAACUGGGAGCGGCGUUCGCGGAGACGGCCAAUCGCAGGACAACGGUUCAGCAGUUCUACCGGAAACCGGUCGCCGUGGAAGACAACCGGAAGCGGCUGGUGUGUCGUGCUGAGCAUGAACGCUAUCCAAAUGGAUUCAUCGAAGCCGCGUUGGAAAUCAAGUUAAGGAAGACAACCAAAAAUGCAAAUCAGAUUCAAGCUGUUGGAUUGAAGGAAGCUGAAGUGAAGCCAUCCCCUCCGCAGUUGCUGGUUUCGAGUGACAUCCUAACUAGCGAUGGAGCUUUCAAGGUCGGUUCGGACAUGGUCUUCGAAUGCGUAGCACGGGAUGGUAGGCCAGCAGCCAGUUUCCUGUGGUUCUUGGACGAUCAGCUGAUCUACGAAGGCCUCUCGGCACCGUUUCAGCUGAAAAAUUCUCGGGGAACGAUUACCACGCAGCAGGUGCUCCAGCGGGUGGCGAAAGCCAGUGACAACGGUAAGACGCUAAUUUGCAAGGCGCGACAUCCGAGUGGAACGAGCGAAACGCAACUCAAGCUGAAGACGUACAGCUGA